GAAAGCAACUCGACGACUCAGCUCACCAGCCCAAGGGCCGAUUAAACAGCCAAGCACUUGAGAUGGCGAAAACGUACGACUAUCUGUUCAAACUUUUACUCAUAGGCGAUUCCGGCGUUGGCAAAACCUGCAUACUGUUCCGCUUUUCGGAGGAUGCCUUCAAUACCACAUUCAUCAGUACGAUAGGCAUUGAUUUCAAAAUAAGAACCAUCGAUUUGGACGGCAAAAAAAUCAAGCUUCAAAUUUGGGACACAGCCGGUCAGGAACGUUUUCGUACGAUUACAACCGCCUAUUACCGAGGCGCUAUGGGUAUCAUGCUGGUAUACGACAUUACACAAGAAAAAUCCUUCGAAAAUAUCAAAAACUGGAUCCGGAACAUCGAAGAGAAUGCAGCAGCCGACGUAGAAAAGAUGCUGCUUGGCAAUAAGUGUGAGCUGAACGAAAAAAGACAGGUUACCAGAGUCCGAGGUGAACAGCUAGCUGUAGAAUAUGGAAUAAAGUUUAUGGAAACUUCAGCCAAGGCAAGCAUCAACGUUGACGACGCAUUUUUUACGCUUGCCCGUGACAUUAAAUGUAAAAUGGAGAAACGAAUGGAAGCUAAUAACCCGCCGAAAGGUGGACAUCAGCUCAAGCCACAAGUUGAACCACGGAAGGCACCGAGUUGGUUAUCGAAGUGCAAUCUGUUUUGACCUUGUAAUAGUCCUAUUAAUAAUUAUUACUUUUUAUAUAACACUCUAAAUAAUAAUUAUCAUUAUUAUUUAAAAAGUAUGUAAACGGAUAAGGUCGAGAAUACGCAACACAACUAUCAUCACCGUAUGUCACAUUUAGGAGGAUGUCUCAACAUUUCAUGUCAGAAAAGAAUGCGUUUCACACACGUAACGAUGGUCACGGAUCAUUCAAACUGUGAAAAAGAAAUCAUUUCAUUUAUUUCUAACAUAAUUGCGGAUGAUUUGUAAUUCUGUUAGAAAUAACAUUAUGCUCGCUCUAAAGAUUCCCACAUGCAAGAAGCUAUCAAACGGAGCAAUAAAAGAGCAAAUGAAUCAAUUUGAUGAAAAAAAUAUCGAGUAAAGAAAAUCGUUGAUAUUUUGAACGUCUGCAGUAUCUUGGUUUUAAAUCCGGAGUAAUGGAGAUUUUGAUUCGAGCAAAAAUGUCGAAACGAAUUAUUGGCUAGACCUUGGUUUCCUAAAUUUAGAGUAGCAGAUUUAUCUGCAAUCAAUAAGAAUAAAUGGCACAUGGGAACUAUCAUUUCAAGCAUUCUGAAUAUGCAGUUAAACUACAAAUUAAAACUUUAUAGUUCAAGUAAAAGUACAUAUUCGAUUUUUUUACAUGUUUUGCUUCUAAUCAACGUGUAUUCCUUCCAGCAUAUAAUUCUUUUUCACUCCUCAAUAUUAUUUUAACAAAAGCGUGGAGGAAGGGUUUCCAAAGCAAUAACAACGCCAUCUCAUGAAACAUGUUAGAUAAGUACUCAAACCAAUACCAUCAUUCCAUCAGCAACAUAGUUGAUAUUGUUUUGUCGGGCAUAGUUUUCGACCAAGUCGGUGAAUCAUAAAUUUAAAUUUCGUUUCUAACUCUGAACGGUUUGAGCGUUGUCUAAUACUGUAUUCCUUCGGAAGCAGAAUAACAGCACGUACAUAUAUUCUUUUUCUCUACCCUAGUGCCAGGAAAACUGACUAGCGUGUUAUAUGCAUUACACUGCUGUUCUUCAUAAAACUGCUGCAUUGGGCGUUUUCUGAAAUGUAACUGUGGUAAUCAUUGACCUAUUUAAACAGUUUAUCUCUUUUUAAAAAGGAAAAACGACUUCCUUUAUUUGUAUUGGUUGUAUUAUUGUCAAUUUACAUCAUUUUUUUCUACGACUGUGCGAACCCUCUACGCUGGUAGUCUUUUUGAAACGAACAACAUAAUGGGGAAUUUGUGGGAUGAAUGAUGUAAAAUUAAAUAAAAGAAUUAAAAGUACG